ACCCUGCGAGCAGCACUGGGCUCGGCCUCGCUGUCUCCCCGCCCUGCGCCAAGUGCGGGGAGCCCGCCCCCCGCCAGUUCCGGGGCGGUUGCUCCGACCCACCGGAACUCCCCGCCCCCUCCCGGGGCCUGGGGGCCCUAGGAGGCCGCAGUGGGGAGGUAGAGGGGGCGGGGGCCACCGUAGAGGGUCCCUAGAGAACUGGGACUUUGAAGGCGGGACAUCGGGUGGGUCCAGCCGUUAAGUAGUCCCACUUCUUCUGUGCCAGGCAUUGCACUGGGUUCUUGACGGGCACCAUCUCUUAACUCCUCCGAACAUCCCAGGGAGUUCCGCAGGGUUCCAUUAUCUUGGGCCAUGAGUGAGCUGAAGGACUGCCCCUUGCAGUUUCACGACUUCAAGUCUGUGGACCACCUAAAGGUCUGUCCCCGCUACACGGCAGUGCUGGCCCGCUCCGAGGAUGAUGGCAUCGGUAUCGAGGAGCUGGACACCCUGCAGCUGGAGCUUGAGACCCUGCUCUCUUCUGCCAGCCGGCGUCUGCGUGUGCUUGAGGCCGAAACCCAGAUCCUCACUGACUGGCAGGAACAGAAAGGCGACCGACGAUUCCUGAAGCUGGGUCGAGACCACGAGCUGGGAGCUCCCCCAAAACAUGGGAAGCCCAAGAAGCAGAAACUGGAAGGGAAGGCGGGACACGGGCCAGGCCCUGGCCCCGGGCGGCCCAAAUCCAAAAACCUUCAGCCCAAGAUCCAGGAGUAUGAAUUCACUGAUGACCCGAUCGACGUGCCGCGGAUCCCUAAGAACGACGCCCCCAACAGGUUCUGGGCUUCUGUGGAGCCCUACUGUGCAGACAUCACCAGCGAGGAGGUGCGCACGCUGGAGGAGCUACUGAAACCCCCCGAAGACGAGGCCGAGCAUUACAAGAUACCACCCCUGGGGAAGCACUACUCCCAGCGCUGGGCUCAGGAGGACCUGCUGGAGGAGCAGAAGGACGGGGCCCGGGCAGCAGCCGUGGCCGACAAGAAGAAAGGCCUCAUGGGGCCUCUGACCGAGCUGGACACGAAAGAUGUGGAUGCCCUGCUGAAGAAGUCUGAGGCCCAGCACGAGCAGCCAGAAGACGGGUGCCCCUUUGGUGCCCUGACGCAGCGCCUCCUACAGGCCCUGGUAGAGGAAAAUAUUAUCUCCCCCAUGGAGGACUCUCCUAUUCCUGACAUGUCUGGGAAAGAAUCGGGAGCUGACGGAGCAAGCACCUCUCCCCGCAAUCAGAACAAACCCUUCAGUGUGCCCCACACUAAGUCCCUGGAGAGCCGCAUCAAGGAGGAGCUGAUCGCCCAGGGCCUCCUGGAGUCCGAGGACCGACCUGCAGAGGACUCGGAGGACGAGGUCCUCGCUGAGCUGCGCAAACGGCAGGCCGAGCUGAAGGCGCUCAGCGCCCACAACCGCACCAAGAAGCACGACCUCCUGAGGCUGGCAAAGGAGGAGGUGAGCCGGCAGGAGCUGAGGCAGCGCGUCCGCAUGGCAGACAACGAGGUCAUGGACGCCUUCCGUAAGAUCAUGGCCGCCCGGCAGAAGAAGCGGACCCCCACCAAGAAGGAGAAGGACCAGGCCUGGAAGACCCUGAAGGAGCGGGAGAGCAUCCUGAAGCUGCUGGAUGGGUAGCGCGGCCCCGCCGAGGCUGCCCUCGCGGCCCACUUCCCUCUCCGGGGGCCAGAAGCCUUGGCCGGUGGCUGCCUUUCACAUGACUGCAGUCUCCAGAGGAUGGUGGCCUGUCCCCGAGGUCGUCUUGGCCCAGCUCUGUACAGCCAGGCCACAGGAGGCCCCGCUGGGCUGGCCUGGGGCCCAGUCUCUGCUUGGUCCCCAAGAUGAGUGGGGGCUUCGUUUCUGGGGCUUCCUCUUCCCCCUCUUUGCCUCCCCCCACGUCCACACCGCCCCCUCCCGCUCCCCGUCGGGGACUUCUCCCUUGUGGUUUUGUAAAGUACAGUCAAGAAUAAAGCAACUUCUGUGGUUUUUCAGAAAAAGCA